GAGUAUUUCUAUAAACAAGGGACAUCAGCAGAGAAGAGGCUUGUUAGUACAGAAAACUCCUGAUUACCUGGGGAAUAAUUAAAUAGAUGUUAGGUACCAGACUCCUCAUUUCUCUGUUAGUUUUUUCUGGUUAUUAAGUUAUUCUUUUUUCAUAACGUAAGGGGUGAGAGGAGGUGUCAAAAAUGAGACAAGGUUUCUGAGGGUGACGACCUCCCCACAAGAACAUGCCUCUCUCAAAGGAUCUCCUUCAUCCCUCUCCAGAAGAGGAGAAGAGGAAACACAAGAAGAAGCGCCUGGUGCAGAGCUCCAAUUCCUAUUUCAUGGAUGUGAAAUGCCCAGGAUGCUAUAAAAUCACCACCAUCUUUAGCCAUGCACAAACAGUAGUUUUGUGUGUUGGCUGCUCUACCGUCCUCUGCCAGCCUACAGGAGGAAAAGCAAGGCUUACAGAAGGGUGCUCCUUCAGAUGGAAGCAGCACUAAAAGCCCCUGGAAUCAAGAUGAAUGGGAAACCAUCCCAAUAAACACAUUUUGGAUA